GGGUGUUUGGGGGGGUGUUUGGGGGUGCCCCCCCCCCCCAUUGCCUUUUCCUGCCCCAGAUCCUGAGCAAUGCCCGGCUCUUCCUGGAGAACCUCAUCAAGUACGGGAUCCUGGUGGAUCCCAUCCAAGUGGUGUCCCUGUUCCUGAAGGAUCCCUAUUCCUGGCCCUCGCUUUGCCUCAUCAUUGUGGCCAACGUCUUCGCCGUGGUGGCCCUCACCUUGGAGCGGUGCUUGGCGAAGGGCUCCCUGUCCGAGGCCUCCGGAGCCUUCCUCCACGCUCUCAACCUCGUCGCCAUCCUCUUCUUCCCGGCCGCCACCGUGCUCAUGGUGGCCUCCAUCACCCCCGUGGGCUCCGUCUUCGCGCUCGCCAUCUACACCAUCCUCUUCCUCAAGCUCUUCUCCUUCCGGGACGUGAACCGCUGGUGCCGGGAGGCCACGGCCGGCGCCCAGGACCAAGUUCCAGAGGGCAGGAAAGCCAAUGGGGACGUUGGGAUGAGCGAGGUCUCGUACCCACACAACCUCACCUAUAGAAAUCUCUAUUACUUCCUCUUCGCCCCCACCCUCUGCUAUGAGCUCAACUUCCCGCGCUCCCCCCGCAUCCGGAAGCGCUUCCUCCUGCGGCGCCUCUUUGAGAUGCUCUUCUUCAUCCAGCUGCUGGUGGGGCUGAUCCAGCAGUGGAUGGUGCCCACGAUCCAGAACUCCAUGAAACCCUUUCGGGAUAUGGAUUAUUCCCGGAUCAUUGAGCGGCUCCUCAAGCUGGCUGUCCCGAACCACCUCAUCUGGCUCAUCUUCUUCUAUUGGUUCUUCCACUCCUGCCUCAACGUCGUGGCCGAGCUGAUGCAGUUUGGGGACCGGGAAUUCUACCGGGAUUGGUGGAACUCGGAAUCCGUCACCUACUUCUGGCAGAACUGGAACAUCCCCGUCCACAAGUGGUGCCUCAGGCACUUCUACAAGCCGCUGCUGAGGUGUGGGGCCAGCCGCUGGGGGGCUCAAGUGGCCGUGUUCCUGGCGUCCGCCUUCUUCCAUGAGUACCUGGUGAGCGUCCCCCUCAAGAUGUUCCGGCCCUGGGCGUUCAUGGGGAUGGCGGCGCAGGUAAGGGGGGGGACCCCGAAAAUGGGGGGGGACCCCUAA